CAAGACAUUGACAGAAUUACAAAAGCAAAUUUUAUCAUUUAUUCGUUGAUCAAAUUAUUAUCACUGCGUAUUUAAAGUGAUUCAUUGGCUACAUCACAGUAGGUUUAUUUACGGCACGGACGAAAUUAUUGUGCUCCAUAUUUUGAACGAGGUCUAGUAUUGCAUUGCAUCACUUACAAAAGUACAAAAAUGUCUGAACGGGAACCUAUCAGUGGUUCAAGUCGGGACUAUGGGUCAACUGCGGCACCUCCCACAGUGGGCUUUGCAGAUUUCAGCCCGACAGAACUGUAUAACUUGAGUGAGGGUAUAGCUGAUAAUAUUAAUGCUAUUAAUAGUGGUCUUAGAUCAUUGGAGAAGAUGAUGAAACAAAUUGGUGGUCCUAAUGAUAGUGUCCAGUUAAGAGAUAAAAUUCAUGAUGUACAGCAGAAUGUAAAUGGAUCAGUAUCAGCAACAGCUAGAGAUAUACAGCGGCUAGGUGUUAUUGUGCGAAGGGGGGAUAAGCCACAGAAGUUGCAAGUGGAGAGACUCACUCAGGCAUUCAGAGAUGCAUUGGAAAAGUACUCAACUGUGCAGAAGCAAGUGUCAGAGAAGAUGGCGGCGUACAUGCCGUCGAAGCCUCGCGUGAGAAAUGACCCCCGUCUGCUGGAGCAGCAGGCUGUAGCUGAUGAUGAGGAAGCCGCGCUACUGGCCAAUCAGCAGGCACAGGCGCGUUUAGUUCAGUUUGAGACGAGUAUGCUCCUGGAGAGAGAAGCGCAGCUGAGCAAGAUCGAGGCGGAUGUGCUCGACGUGAACCAGAUCAUGCAGGACCUGGCAGAGAUGGUCAGUGCGCAGGCGCAGACUGUCGAUACAGUAGAGAGUCACAUAGAGGCGGCUGGCGCCAGUGUGGAGGCUGGAGUGGACGAGCUGGCGAAGGCCGCGGAGUACCAGCGCCGGUAUCGCAGGAAGAUGUUCAUCUUCAUCACAAUCGGACUCAUCAUCGGAAUAUUGCUCAUCGUCUGGAUCAUAAAAGCAUUCAGAUAGACCUACAAUAAAUGUCUGACGGUGGGCAUAAGUCAAACUAUAUUAUGACAGCACACUAACGCCCCCUUGUUAAUAUGAAAAUAGUAUCAUAAUGGUCUUUUGUUGUCAUGUUUUUGGAACGAAGUUCCUUAUCGCGCGUUGUGAAAGGGGGCUAGACGG